UUCCCCAUAAAGAGUUGAGCAUUAACUUCGAGAUGUAUCUCAUUGCUUUAUCAGGUAACAUUUUUUCUUUUUCCAAUCUAAUUCCAAAUCUUUCUUCACACUCUUUCAUGAAUUGUUCUUCUUUUUCUUCGGUAUUUAUCUCCUUUGGAAAUCCACUUGCAUGGAUUUUCAUUGACAUGAAUUCAGCAACAUAUCCUUUAAAUAAUUCCUUAUCCCAUUUUUCAUAAUGAAGUGCUCUAAAAUAUUUUGUGACCUUGUAUCCGCUGUUUAAUGCUUCUGCAAGCUCUAUCGACGUGCAUGUUGACACCCAACCUCUUUCUUGUUCUUCAUGUAUGCAUUUAUAUUCUUUUAAUGUUGCGCCGCGGGGAUAAUCCAUUGAGCAUUUUCGGCAAAGUGGGAAUAACAACCUCUCAUCAAAUUUCACAGGCAUGACUGGAACAUCUACUUGAUCAGGUGGAAUUAGAAAAACUUUAAGAAUCCCAUUAACAGGAAUUUGACUGCUGCUGUACCAGUUGACAUUUUGAUCUUUUUUAGAUAUUAUUAUUACUUUUGGGUGACCCACGGGAAAUGAUGUUGUUGCAAUUGUGGAUGGAUAAAGUGAAUUAAAGUCCAAAUAAGAAAUUUUGUGUUGUUCAUCUGCUUUAUAAUGAAGACAUAGUGGUCCAGUCCGACCUCCAAAGAAACAAUCUCGUAAUUUUAUCGGACCCUUAUCCAAAUAAUUUUUAAAACUUUUUCUCAUUUGUUUAUUUCUUUGAAGCAUUUUCUUGAUUUCACAUUCCCAAAUCACAUCUACAUGUUUAAUAUGUUGUUUCAAAAUUCUUAAUCUUUCUUCAUUUUCUUUUUGAAUGACUUCCACUGUUUUCCCAUUUGGCAUUACAAAGUCUGGUUUAUCUCCAUAAUGUUUUGGACACGCAUGCCACACGCAUCCAUGCACUUCUAUUGCUCUAUCCUCUUCUUUAAUAUAUCCAUCCACCCUAAAUCUUCCUGCAACUUGAUAUUCUC